UCUUGCAAUGCCUUUGAAUAUUUUACUUUUAGGCAGUUCCUCAUCAGUCAGCCACACACAUCCGAGGCGAGCUGAAGCUAACUACAGCCAUGGACAGCACUAGGAGAUCUCAAAUCUAAUCGCACGCAUCAUUCCUCCGGGAUAUUUUUUAAAUUCCAUAUCUAAACACGCUGACAGGCAGCUGCACUCACACACACUCACACACACACACACAUCCACACGUCGCAGAGCCGCCAAGCAAACACCUUGUCUCCUCUUGCAGGAUAUACCCGCUCACACACAUCUCUCUUUAUCUCCUCCUGGCUUCCCGGAGGAUCCUGCCGGCUGUUUUUCAUGGAGAAAGUCCAGGGAGAAAUGGAGAUUGAGAGAUGGGAAAGAAGUGAAGAAAUUUCAGACGCAGAAAAAAAGGUUAUUCAAGAGAUAUGGAGCAGAGUAUAUGCAAACUGCGAGGACGUUGGGGUCUCCAUACUCAUCAGGUUUUUUGUGAACUUCCCCUCGGCCAAGCAGUACUUCAGCCAGUUCAAGCACAUGGAGGACCCUCUGGAGAUGGAGAGGAGCUUGCAGCUGCGCAAGCACGCUCGGAGGGUCAUGGGGGCCAUCAACACUGUGGUGGAGAACCUCAACGACUCUGAAAAGGUCUCCUCUGUCCUGGCCCUGGUGGGCAAGGCCCAUGCCCUCAAGCACAAAGUGGAGCCCGUCUACUUCAAGAAACUCACUGGCGUCAUGCUGGAGGUGAUUGCUGAGGAAUACCCCAACGACUUCACCCCGGAGGCACACGGAGCCUGGAGCAAGAUGAAGACCCUCAUCUACACCCAUGUGACAGCAGCCUACAAGGAGGUGGGCUGGGCUCAGUACCCCACUGCCACCCUGUGAGCGCCCAGGGGGCCACCAGAGGGGCAGGGAGGGCUUCGCUCACCCCAGGACUUCACUCUGGUCUCUUCUCAAGAUCUUUGCUCGGUUUGGGGAGCCCGGUAGGGCCGGUUCUGUCAGCUGCCAAGUCACAAUUUGAUCUCCACGGGGUUUAAAAACAAACUAAAUAAGCCAAAAAAAAACCAAACAAAACCACAGAACCAUGAAGGGUGUGGGUGGGUCGGGGUGAAGCAGUUGCAGGGGAUGCUGGAAGGGGAUGCAGAGGGCGAGGGGAGAGCUUUGGUUGUUGGCUCCAUCUUCCUGUCCUGGCCUGUCCAUCACCACCUCCCAAAUCCUGCACCUCACUUGCACCAUCUCAAAGUCCCUUGCACAAGUGCUGCUGCCCUGCUCACUGAGGAACAACACAACCCUCAUUUUCCAUGUGAGGCCCCUGGCUAAACCUGGCUUUUGGGGGCACACCUGGAGACCUCCGACUGGCACCGAGAACGCUUUGCUUUGCACUUUGGGUAUCACCUGGCAGGGCUGACAGCCAGAGCCACUCUGGGUGCUCAUCACCCCACUGUGCUCCUGUCACCCACAGCCCC